CCCACAGAGAGGCGGGGGAUUGCGAACAGACCGACUGACUGGAGGUCUGCUGCGGACUUAGUUGGAGCUGCAGACAGUAAAAUAGGUGGGAAAAGUUCGUGCUAACUACCUUCACGUUUCAAACGGAGCACAGAGAGGCAGCGCUGGAGCUUUUCAAGGUCAGCAGUUCCUGCAGUCAGACAUGAGGAGCCCUCCAGGCCCUGGUUGCUGAGCAGCUGAGGUCAGAGAUCAAGCGCUUGUUCCGGCAGCCAUGGCUGACAGAGAGGGGCUGCCCGUUGCUCCGGGCCAGGUCUACAUCGAGGUGGAGUACGACUACGAGUACAAAGCCAAAGACAAGAUGGUAAGCAUCCGCCAGGGAGAGUGGUACAUGCUGGUGAAGAAGACCAACGAGGAUUGGUGGCAGGUGAGGAAGGACGAGGGCACAAAGGCUUUUUACGUGCCGGCGCAGUAUGUCAGGGAGGUGCGUCGGGCCCUCAUGCCCCCCCAGAAGCCCACUUUGAGGGCAAAGCCUACUGUAUUGGAUAUCUGUCGAGCAUCUAAUGAGAACCUCAACAGACCCCAGCCGGAGAUGUCCAGCUUCGGGCGGCCAUCGCCUUCCUCCACCCCGUCUCCAUCCUCUGAUCGGGUCACUCCGCCAGCUCUGUCUAAGGAUUCUAACCAGAACCUGGGGAGUCCCCUUCACUGCAAGGUGGUGGCGGAACUGGUACUUCUUCACAACAACAAUAACCAUCACCACGCUAACAAUUCCACAUUGCCAAGGACAAGGGCGGACUCCCCUCCGCUCAAAGUGGGGGACAACCACAACAGAAGUCCAGACAGUGAUAAGACGUCCCCGCCGAGCGAGCCUCCGGGAGAGGGGCUUAACAAGCUCCAUAACGACUCUGAGUCUGGGGACGAGCUGAGCAGCAGCUCAACAGAACAAAUGCAGACCACGUCACCCACAGGUCAGGGCCGAUCCGACUCGCCGGUCUACACCAACCUCCAGGAGCUGAAGAUCUCUCAGUCCAACAUGCCCCCCAUCCCCUCCGGCUCCCCUCUCCACAUCCUGGGCGACUGGGAGACCCACAAAGACCUGAGCGGCCGGCAUUUCUACUACAACCGUGCCACUGGAGAGCGGACCUGGAAGCCGCCGCGAACGAGGGACACCAGCGGCAGCUCCAGCAGUGUCCGAGGAGACAGCCAGGGCACGGCGGAGAGUGAGCCGCUGUCCUCAGAGGAAAACUGCCACAGCACACACUCGAGUCAGUCUGACAGUCAGUACGGGUCGCCCCCUAGAGGCUGGUCUGAAGAGCUGGAUGAACAUGGACACACACUCUAUGUCUCUGAAUUCACACAGGAGAAGUGGAUAAAACAUGUGGAUGAACAGGGCCGGCCCUACUACUACAGCGCUGACGGAUCCAGGUCAGAAUGGGAACUGCCCAAGUACACAUUCUCCCCUCAGUCCGGAGAGGUUCCCAAGAGCCGCAGUCUGGAGAGGAAGCAGCCGGAUCCCAUUGUCCUCACCAAGUGGAGACACAGCACCUACGUGUUAGACCUCAACGACAAGGAGUGUGCUCCGGCCCCCAAGCAGAGCCCUCCAGACUCUGACUCCUGCCCCUCAUCUCCUAAGCACCCCUCAACCCCUUCAGAGAAGUGUGGAGUCCUCAAUGUCACCAAAAUCACAGAGAAUGGAAAGAAAGUCAGGAAGAACUGGACCUCCUCAUGGACGGUGCUGCAGGGAUCCUCGCUGCUCUUUGCAAAGGGUCAGGGGGGCAGCACCAGCUGGAAGUUCGGCAGCAACCAGUCAAAGCCGGAGUUCACAGUUGAUCUGCGAGGGGGGUCGGUGGACUGGGCCUCAAAGGACAAGUCGAGCAAGAAGCACGUCAUCGAGCUGAAGACGCGUCAGGGGACAGAGCUCCUGAUCCAGUCAGAGAUCGACAGCGUCAUCAACGACUGGUACCGCGCCCUCACAGAGACCAUCAACACACACGCCUGGGAGUCAGACGAGGCCAUUGAGGAGGACAUGCCUGAGUCUCCAGGAGCUGAGAAACAGGACAAAGAGAAGGACCAGCGGGACUCCAAGAAGAACAGAGUGAUGAAGAACUCUGUGAGCAUGGACGCGUCAGACCAGAAGAAGACCAGGUUGAAGCUGAAGAAGUUCCUCACACGUCGACCCACCUAUCAGGCUGUGCGAGACAAAGGAUACAUCAAAGAUCAGGUGUUUGGCUGCAGUCUGACCAGUCUGUGCCAGCGGGAGAACACGUCAGUGCCCAACUUUGUCACAAUGUGCAUCGACCACGUGGAGAACACAGGUCUAAGCAUUGACGGUUUAUACAGAGUGAGUGGAAACCUGGCUGUGAUCCAGAAGCUCCGCUUUGCUGUAAAUCACGAUGAGACGUUGGACCUGAACGACAGUAAGUGGGAGGACAUCCACGUCACCACCGGAGCUCUCAAGAUGUUCUUCAGAGAGCUCCCCGAGCCGCUCUUCACAUACGGCUCCUUCGAUGACUUCGUCGAGGCCAUCAAGAGCUCCGACUACAAGCAGCGAUUGAAUUCAAUCAAAGAUUUGAUCAAGAAGUUGCCAAAACCGAACCACGACACAAUGCAGGUCCUGUUCAAACACCUCAGGAGGGUGAUCGAUCACGGCGAGGCCAACCGUAUGACCACCCAGAGCGUGGCCAUCGUGUUCGGACCCACGCUGCUGCGGCCCGAGACCGAGACGGGCAACAUCGCGGUCCACAUGGUGUACCAGAACCAGAUAGUGGAGCUCAUACUGCUCGAGUACGAGAGCAUCUUUGGCAGGUAAAGGCGCCCGCUCAGAAGAGGACGCUGGCUUCUUGUUCCAUUAUCCCCCUUUUUCUUUGACUGAGCUGAACAUUGCUGUGGACCAAGCAGUCGGGGGAGGAAAAAAAAAAAUCAAUACAUUUACAUUCAUCGAUGGGACAGUUUAGGAAAAAUGUUGCACUUACAGAUGAGUUUAAAACAGGUGUACAGAUUCCACCCGCUUUUUCAGCCAUCAUUUGUGCUGCGCGUGGCGGGCCAGACCGUGGACAUUGUUUCAGAGUGAUGACGUGAUGCUGUGAUGACGUCCGUGUGAUUUGGUGGGCUUUUGAGUAUUCAGGUGUUUUCACAUGCACUGGAUCCCUGUGGCCAGUAAUACAAACUCUUAAACGGAACCGGCGGCAAUGUUUUCUUUUGCCUCCUGGUGAAGCCGACCAGACUUUUUUUUUUUUUUUUUUUUUUUUUUUUUUUGUGGCAUUAAAAGUCAAAACUGGCAACCUCAUCAACCUCUCGGAAGGCUUGAGCUGAAUCUGGACUGUAUGGGUUUUUUUUUUUUUUUCGGCGUCGUGGAGCUUUUGUCUGUUGAUGUUUCAGCCGUGUGUGGUGUCGGAUCAGAUGGAGAAAAUAAUCAGUGUUAUAUUAACAGACUGUCUUUUGGCACUUCAUGAUGAUGAUGAUGAUGAUGAUGAUGAUGACUGGAGUUACAGAUAGUGUUCCCAACUUCCCACAAUCCCACAUCUCUUCAUCCCCCGUCCCCCCCCAUGCCCUCAACUUCUCUUUCCCCUUUCAACCAGUGUUAAGCAUUAACCCUGUGACAUGAGCGUCCUGUGACUUGAAUGAUGGAGGACAAACACCUCCAUGUGUGCGCGUGCGCGUGUGUGUGUGUGCGUGCGUGCGUGUGCGUGCACGAGUGUAAAUGAAUUUACCUUAAUGGGAUAAAACCUGAGCAGAAGCACCCUCGUCUUGCCACUUUGUACAAACGUGUGUGUCGUGUAGUCUUCGUGCUUUUCGGUAAAGUCUUCGUUUAAGCUGCUGGGGUUCAUCGUCUGUGCUCCUUUAUGAACUUCAGUGUUUGUGGGGAAACGUCACAAAGGUCCUGGUGUAACUGGAAGAACACAACAAAGUGGAUUUGUGGGAGCUGCACUGUUACCAGUUUUUACAUGAGCUGUUACCUGGCUUGUUUCUCUCCGCUAAGCUAACAUUAAAGAGUAUUUGGAGAAGGCAAACGGUACAAAGAGGGUUUCAAAGAGCUGAUGUUUGGGAGCGUUUGGGUGUUAGAAUGCAAAGAAGAGCCUUUAAAAAAAAAAAAAAAAAAAAACAACCUUGCAGAGCAUAUGUACAGAAACUAGCUGUUGAAAUGUGUUCUAGUGACUGGGGUAUGUAUGCUUUGAUGGUGAACAAGUGAAAGCUUUGAUUUUGAUUUUGUAAAUUUGAAAUAAAAGAUAAAGAAAUGCACAUAUUGUGAAAAAAAACUACAAACACACACGAUCGACUGUUACUUUCGUUUGAAGGUGUAUCUGGAGUGUUUGCGCAUGGUCAGCUGCACAUUUUGAAUGUAAUUUUCAGGCUAACUGCUGUUUGUGAAAAUGCUACGUCUAAUAAAAAAGAGAAACUAAAUGUUCCAGGA